UUAAUUUGGUUUUUACAUUUUCAAGCACCACUGGCUAGACCCUUAUCUUAUUCUUUUAUAAAUAUAAUACAUAUUGACUGUAACAACUGAAGAAUACAUUCAAUGUUUGCAUUUGUACACCGAAGAACCGAAGCAAAUUAAUGUAGAAGGAGUUAAAUGAGGAGCCAGCGAAGCUCUCAGACCAGCUCUGAUCAGCACUCAGUGAUGUGAUGCGAGAGGAGGAGGAAGGAGGAGCGAACAGAAGAACAGACCAGCUGAGCUUUUCUGCUCUCAGUCUCUCGCCAGCGUCUGACAGAGCAGUUUCUUUCUCUGCGCUUCUCUGAGGAAUUUGCAGAUACGCUCUACUUUGCAGUUUGGAGAGGGCGAUCAAUUUAAUUCGCUCUGCCUGAACCAUGCUGCCCUGGAAAAGGAAUAAGUUUGUUCUUGUCGACAAUGAGACCAAAAGCAAGCCUAAAAGUCUCGGAGUGGGGCUAACUUACCAUUCUCUUCUGUCUACUUUGUUUCACUCCUGCCCCGACCUCGUCCCCGACUGUCCGUUCCACUGGCUGGGAAGCGUCCUCCACAGCAAGCGUCAGAAAGUGGAGCUAAAUAAAGAAGAGCCCACCUACAACGUGCGAUACCUGGGCAGCGCCGUCACCAUCAUGGCUAAAGGGGAAGAAUGCACGCAAGAGGCAGUUGCCAAGAUAUGGACCCGCAGCAACUAUGGCGAACAGUGCACCAAGAUGAAGCUCACCGUCAGCCCUCAAGGCAUCCGCAUGGGGGUGGAUAGAGGCAGCAAAAAGAAACCCAUCCAACUGUAUUCCCUCAACCGCAUCACGUACUGCACCGCGGACCCCUUCCGUCCCAAGAUCUUUGCGUGGAUUUACAGGCACCAGGUGAAGAACAAAGCGGUGGUACUACGCUGUCACGCCGUCCUAUUGGCAAAAGCCGAAAAGGCUAGAGUUUUGGCUCUCAGUCUGUACCAAACAUCAACAUCUGCGUUCGCAGAAUUCAAAAGGCUAAAACGUCAAAAUGACUUUCGCCAUUGCCAGCAGCAGUUAUUGGGAGAGGAUAUCGUGCCUCUUAUGCCUUUACGUAGACUCCUGAAUGGCCAAUGCCACUACCAACCACCAGCAGGAAAGCCUGGGAGUGCCACACGACUCUCUUCCAUUACGGAAGAAGAAGAGGAAGAUGAUGAAAGACAGGGGGGUGCAGAAACGUCAAAGACCGGCAAUCCUAACACUCCGAAAGAUCUAGGAAAUGUUGUGAGUAAACUGGACGAGGUUUCCAUUACAAGCUGGGAUGAAGCACAUAUGACUAUCAGCACUCUGGUGUGACUUUACAUGGACAGUUUAGUGUCUUCACCACUGAGCCGAUGUCCUGUCUCUCUCUCCCGCGUACAGACUUUGUCAAUCAUGAACUGUGAAACCAUCCCUGGAACUCACCCUACUUCAGUACUGGGAUAAGAACCAAGGGACGUUUCUGUUGACCUGGCACCAAUAAUGCUGCCUGAAGAGGAACUGUUCCAAGUACUUAGGAGAUGUGUGGAGGGAUUGUCCUGAAUAAGCACAAUAAAGAAGGACCACAGCAUUGGUUACGAGUUUACACCGAAAAGCCUUUAACUACACCGAUGUUCAGUGAAACUUGAACUGCACACCCAAAGAUGAUGAAACAUGCCUCUUGUACUGAUGAGUACAUGCAAACUACAAGUGCUAUUGACCAAUAGACUAAGAAUGGGACUUUUGUAUAAAAUGUGAUAUUUUGCAAUCUUUUGACGUAUGUAAUUUUCCCCGGCAACCUCUUUCAAUGUGCUCGGGGGGCAGGCUCAAAGCAGUUUUAUUGGCUUCUGGAGCAGCGCUAAUGAAUUAAACCAUAACUUAGGAAUCGAGCCAUUCACUUGACGUGUUUACUGCUCCAAUCCGUCACAGCUUUGCUAAUCAGUAAUGCAUAACAAAUGUCGGCGUCACCUGUGAUGUUUUUAAACUGUGUCUGUUUUACACUGUGAGUCGUUCGGGACCAAUAACAGUAAAGAUCUUGUAUUACUACGAAUAAGAAAUUGUAGUUUUUGCAGAAUAUGUGUUGGUGUUAUGUAUUAGUCAAAAAACUCAUUUUUAUGCCGUUCACGUGAAGGUCGUGGCUUCCAUCUGUCAACUCUGGCAUGGUGUUUUGUAUUUGCUGUCGUUAUAUUAAUCUUCUGGAUAAACUGAUUAAAACAACAGCGAGUGGUGUUUUUGACAUGUUUUUCCUGCACAAUUGGAGUCUGUGUUAAAAGGUUUAAUGACAAAAUGUUGUAUAAUAAAAUGAUAUUCUUAAUUCGGUGACUUAGGUUUUCUUUAUUUUGAUUUUCAGCCCAUAUUUUAUAGAUACUUCCAAUUUGAAUAUGAAUGUAUAAUUGAAAGAAAAGAAAAAAAACUGUUCAUUGACACAGGAUGUGAGUGGGCAGUGGAAGGAACACAGAUUUCGUCUGCAGCUUGAGGGCACUUACUGUAGCUUUUCCUCAAAGUGAAGCUAUUAAUAAGCAGAUUCAAUUGGACAGGAAAUGAACAUAAAACACCUGGGCAAAGCGGCACAGAGCUUUCAGCAUGAAGUGAUAUAAGCGAGAGAACCUUCAACAGAAUCUCAUUUCAUGUCUGUCAACAUUUGAAAUAACAAACCUGUUUUAGAAAACACAAUUUGAUUUGAGUUUUAUUAGUGCAUUAGUUUUAUGAAUAUAUAUUAAGAAAGUGAUUUUAAGGGGCACUUUCUUCUGUGAAACGCAAAAGAACACAUUUUGAGAAAUGUCAGUGGUUUUGUGGAAGUCAAUGGCAUCCAAUGUUGUUUGGUUAUCAACAUUCUUCAAAAUAUCUUCUCUUGUGUUCUGCAAAAGAAAGAAAGUAAUACAGGUCUGAAAUGACAUGAGGGUAAAAAAAAGAUUGAAUACGUUUUAUUUUUAGGUUAACUGUCCUUUUAAACAAACCUUUAAGUCUACACUAUAAGCAGUUCAACUGACUAGUAGGAUGAUUUAUCAUUUUUUUACUAAAUUGGAUUACUAUAAACAUGUUGUUAGCAAAGUUGUAUGUACUUCGAUUCUCAAGUGUUUGUCCAAAUGUUUCCCCAACCUUCUGAGGUCAUCUGAACAAGCAAUUUUGCAUCAAACAAGGGUUAAGUUCCAAGAAUGCAUAGCAGUAUGCAAUUUAAAGAAGAUUGCUAUUUUGCUUUUUGGUGGAUUUGUGCUGUUGUUUUCACUGCUCGUCUUAAUGA